UCGCGUUUCCAACCGCGUUUUCCCCUUCCUCUUUCACUGUCAAGACACGCCCCUUCUCCCCAAAGACUCGAGCAUAAGAAAGGUUCGCUUCGCUAGACGAGCAGAGAGGCUCAAACCCAUCUGUAGAACCACCCCAACAUGAGAUUACCAAGCUUGUCGCACCAGCACCAUUUCCCAUGGCUCACUUCCUCGGGAAACUCCGCUCCCUGCUCAGCUUGAUCGUGUCCUUGUCCUUGUUCUUCUUCUUCGCGCUUCCAUUCGCUUCUCCGGUCGCCUCGCUCUCGACCGUGUCGAUCACCAAAACCGGGAAGCGGACGUUGGUCUGUGCUCUUAUAAAGACCCCCGACGAGAGCGUGUUUCUCAACUGUACCAGCUUCCCGGCAGGAAUUCAAAUUCCUGCUAAUAUCGAUGCUUCCUUCACGGGCAUCGUCGGCGGGGACGGGUUCCUCUGCGGCUUGAGAGGUAAGUAUUUUUCGACCCCGUCAUCCCUGGUUUGCUGGAGAUACUCCGCCAAUGGCACCGAGUACAGCUACAGGCGCAUCUACAGGGGUCCUCCGGUGACAGAGCUCGAUUCCGGAGAUGCUCACGUGUGUGGUCUUGCCAAUGGGACUAGCCGGCUCAAGUGCUGGCAGUGGCGCAGGUUUAAUCGGACCCCGGCCCCGAGCUACUGGUCCAGCGUCGCGGUCGGCGGGGAUUAUGCGUGCGGCCUGAUGGGCACGGGGAAAGUCGCGUGCGUCGGGGACAAUGUCCCCGUCGUGAAUAACAAGCGAAACGGGACCUUCAUAGCCGUCGCGGCCGGGUCUGGGCACGCCUGCGCCAUCUCGGUGGAUAACAAGCUGGAGUGCUGGGGGGCAGCCGAGAACGAUCCGCCGGAAGGGGUAUUCGUCUCGGUGGCCCUGGGAGAGAACAGGAGCUGCGCAUUGAAGGACAACGGCAGGGUCGUGUGCUGGGGGCAGGGCAAUUUCAGCUUGCCGGAACACCUGGGAGACACAUCGUUCGUAGCCAUCGAAGCCAAGCGCCGCGUUUUUUGCGGAGUCUUGACCUCCAACUAUUCUUUGUGUUGCUGGGGCAAUGAGCACUUCGACUCCAGGCCCGGUUCCAUGGUGUUUGACAACGUGCUGCCCGGCCCGUGCCGGAGGAGCCAAUGUCCUUGCCUUUUGCCGGGCUCUGGGAACUUGUGCGGGCAAGGAUAUGCGGUGUGUCGCCCGUGCGUAAAUCCAGCUCCAGCGAAACAUCCUCCACUGCCAGGGCCAGCACCGCCACCGCCACCAACCGUUCAGCCCAGGGGUUUGCAUGGGAAACUGGUGGUAUUCCUGGUGGUGGGAUGCGUGGGAUCGGCUUCCUUGCUGUCGGUCUUCGGUUUCUUGCUGUUCAGAUACUGCCAGGGGAGGGUCUGCCGCGUCCACGAUUCAGGCCGCCUUGAAGAGACCCCGCACCCGGAUCAAACUACGAACCCCCCGCCACAGCCUGGGCCACUGGAGAAGCGGCUGAGCCAUUUGGUCAGCAUGGACUCCCACCUGGAGGAAUUCCCCUUGCAAGUGCUCGCCCGCGUUACCAAUGGAUUCGCCGAAGAGUUCAAGAUCGGGACGGGAAGCUUCGGCUCGGUAUACCAUGCCACACUGGACGACGGACGAGAAGUGGCCAUCAAGCGAGCCGAAAUAUCGACAGCAGCAUCAUCGCCACAUUUCGGCGGUGGCGGCCCAAGCGUCAAGAGGCAGAACGAAGACAUAGACAGGGCAUUUCUCAACGAGCUCGAGUCUCUGUCCCGCCUCAACCACAAGAAUCUCGUUAAGCUAUCCGGAUUCUGCGAAGAUGGCGACGAGUUGAUCUUGGUCUAUGAGUACGUGCACAACGGUACUCUCCACGACCAUCUCCACAAGUUUCCCGACUCCCCGCUCAAUUCGUGGGUGGCGCGUCUCCGAGUAGCCUUGGACGCGGCUAGGGCCAUCGAGUAUCUUCAUGUCUAUGCAAUUCCCCCCGUCAUCCACCGCGACAUCAAGUCUUCCAACAUUUUGCUCGACAAAAGCUGGACGGCUAAGGUUUCUGAUUUCGGGCUCUCUCUUAUGGGCCCCGAAGACGAUGAGUCCCACCUCUCGCUCCACGCUGCAGGGACGCUUGGCUACGUGGAUCCUGAGUACUACCGGCUCCAAAUUCUCACGUCCAAGAGCGACGUGUACAGCUUUGGAGUCGUCCUGCUCGAGCUACUAUCGGGGUACAGGGCUAUUCAAAACAACGAGAACGGCGUGCCAAGGAAUGUGGUGGACUUUGUGAUCCCCUACAUAUUGCAAGACGAGAUUCACAGGAUCCUAGACCGGAAGGUCUUGCCCCCUAACCCUAUCGAAAUAGAAGCCGUGAGGUACGUAGGAUACUUAGCUGCAGACUGCGUGAGCCUGGAAGGCAAAGAUCGCCCGACGAUCACGGAAAUUGUAUAUAGCUUAGAAAGAGCUCUGGCUACAUGCUUGGCCCGUCCCAAGCUCUCUAGGUCUUCAACAGAAUCCUCGACCGCGUAGCCAUCCUCAUUCGUUGUGAACAGCACGGCGACUCACCAUUCCCAAGCCAAAUGUGCAGAGAACACCAUUCUUUCUUAAUUCUUUCCAUGUCUACCUGUCUCUUUUUGUACGGUUACAUUCUUUCCUUCCUUCGAUUCAGAGGAGGGAAUAAGGGCAAUAGAUGUUUCUCCAACAUGCCAUUUA